UUUCGCAGAACUUCAGUCAUCCUGGCUCCAUGUCUUCUCAAAGCUAAAUUCGUCGCUUGCGACUCCGAGCGGUGCGAGCAUUCGUCACCCGAGUUGCUCCGUGUUAAAUUUGCGGGCUGUGUUUGGGGUUACAACGAUGUAUAAGCAGGACCUUUAACCCUUGUGGACAGGGUCAUACCUUCGGUAUCAAAAAAAGGAACAAAAACCCUUGUGGAUGAUUUCAUCCCAAGCAUUAUAUGGCAGCUCGAAAUAUGUUGAUAAUUAAUUGUUGGUGUGAUAAAGUCAAGCGAUGUGUAUGACUCGAGUCAAAGUAUUGGAAUAAUUUAUUAUUUAGCAAUUUCCCGGUACAAUGCAUUUGGGAGCAAACGUUCGUGUAACCAAAAUGGGAAUUGGAAUUACUUUAGGUCUUCUAUGCCUUUUGUACUUCUAUAUGCACAGAGGACCGUCUUACUCCAGCAUAGACAACCGAGAUGUUGUCUCUAUGAAAGCUCUACUAGCUGGUGCUAUCAAAGCUGCUGAAAUGGGUGGAAUUGAAGUGGUUUCUGUCCACAGCAAUAUACACGCACUUAAUCUUGCCAGCAAAGGAAAAACUAAAGAAGGUGUGAAUGAUCCAGUAACAGCUGCAGAUUACCGAUCGCAUUGUGCAAUGUAUCAAGCUUUGAUUAAUGCAUUCCCAAAAAUAACUGUCAUAUCAGAAGAACUGUCUGUAGGCUGUGAUAAAGUAGAUACUCCAGACUUAAAAGAGACUUUGAAAAAUUCUGGGCAACUUGACGUCGGUUAUGAUAGUCCGGUGAAUGCCAAUGACAUUACUGUGUGGAUUGAUCCUCUAGAUGCUACGAAAGAAUUUACAGAAAAUUUGGUGCAGUAUGUAACCACGCUGGUAUGUGUUGCUGUGAAGGGCGAACCGGUAAUGGGAAUCAUUCAUAAGCCUUUCAGUAAAGAGACAUAUUGGGCUUGGCUUAAUCAUGGUGUAUCAACAAACUUAAACGUUCCAAAACCAAAGAAAGGUAGAACUCCAGUUCUCAUCGUAUCACGAUCUCACGCUGGUGGGGUCCAUAAUGUAUCAAAAGCAAAGUUUGGUGAUGAUGUGCAGAUAAUUUCUGCCGCAGGUUCAGGAUAUAAAUCUUUAGAAGUUGCUGUUGGAAAUGCAACGGCUUAUUUACACAUAACUGCCAUUAAAAAAUGGGACAUUUGCGCUGGAGCUGCCAUAAUCAGUUCGCUGGGUGGUCAAAUGACUCCGCUUUACAGCCCACCACCAAUUCAAUUUGGUGCAACGGAUCCAACAUUCUUAAGUACUGGUUUGCUAGCUACAAUGUGCGACCAUCAGUGGUACAUGCAAAAGUUGAAUCUUGCUGGAAUAUGAAACCCCCAUCACCACACAAUGGACGCUUUCUAUUGACAAAAUGUCAACCAUCUCCUGAUUCUAAGGAUGUUUUUUAUCCGAUUACUAAAUAUUGAUAGUAAGAAGAAUCAUUGAUUGUUUUUUUUUCUACGUUAUAAUUUAUGUAGUGAACAGUUUUUCAACUCAAUUUACCUAGUUCGUCUACGUUGUAAUAUAUAUGUACAUAAGAUUCACCUAUGUGAAUUCUUUUGGAGUAUGGACGUGAAAGAGUAAGCUCAAGUAUAUAACAUCAACCAUUAUCAGAUAGGAAAAACAAUGUAGACAAUAAAUUAUAAUGCUACUUGUA